AUGGCUAACCGCGGGAAAACCCUUGAUAGAGAGGUCUUUACCAUCAAUGACCUGAAAGAAAAGGGAUGCAAGAAGCUUCCUCGCUCAUAUCGAGGGACAAAUUCGACCGAUUCUAAUCACCAUCUCUUCAACAGCGUCCAAGACAAUGAAGCGGCCUACAACCGCUACAAGAUCCGACCCCGAGUCCUGCGGGAUGUUUCCAACAUCGACACAUCAACCACCAUCCUCGGGACCAAAGUCUCAUGGCCUUUUGGUUUCUCACCCGCCGCUAGCCACAAGCUUGCACACCCCGACGGAGAGCUCGCCACCUCACGUGCAGCUGCUGACGCCGGCAUCUGCAUGGCCCUGUCCGCAUAUGCCACUUGCUCCCUUGAAGAUGUUAUUGCGCAGGGCAAGGGCAAUCCCUACUUUAUGCAGUUCAGCAUCCUGAAGAACCGUAGCAUCACCCGGCAGAUCCUGCAACGAGCAGAGAGUAAGCAAUCCAUCUCGACCAAAUUUACCCCCACCCUCGUCAUCAUUUUUUUAUCUGCAGAUGCUGGUUAUAAGGCCGUCAUGCUAACGGUAGACGCCCCUAGACUGGGCCGACGUCUCAACGAGUACCGAAACUCAUUUGGAAUUCCCGAAGGCAUGGGUUACCCAAACAUUCUCCCAGGUGUCGACUUCAGCAACCUGGAAGACAAAGGCGCCGACCUCGCUUAUGAGGACAGCCUGAAUUGGGAGCAAACAGUGACCUGGAUUCGGGAGAACACUAAACUGCCCAUCUGGUUCAAAGGAGUCUACACGGCGGAUGAUAUCUCUCUGGCCAUUCAACACGGCGUUGAUGGCGUUCUCAUCUCCAACCACGGUGGCCGCCAACUUGAUGGUGUUCCUGCAACUCUCGACGCCCUAAGGGAAUGUGCCCCUGUGGCUAAGGGAAAAAUAAAGAUUGCCAUCGAUGGCGGUAUCCGCAGGGGAACUGAUAUUUUCAAGGCGCUGGCCCUCGGUGCUGAUUAUGUCUUUGCUGGACGUGUCCCUAUCUGGGGUCUUGCUGUAGGUCUCGCUUAUCAAGGAAACGUGAAAAGAAAUAAGGGCGGCAGAAAAAGAGCCAGUUACAAUGGACAGCAGGGCGUUGAGCUGGCAAUUAACCUGCUCUAUGAUGAAUUUGUGAUGGCAAUGGCACUGGCUGGGUGCAAGUCAAUCAAGGACAUCAGUAAGGACCAUUUGUCCCUUCUCACAGAGCAGGGUGUUCUCGCAAGACUGUAG